AUGGUCAUAUCAAGCAAAAAGGAUUUCUCAUUUCGAACUCACUUGCCCAAUGGAACAUUCAAUUACGUGAAAUAUCCGGACUCAUUUAAAGCAACACUCAUUCAAUUAGCCAAUGAGGCAUACAAUGCUUUUCUUUCGGCUCAUUCAAAUAUGAAUGAAAUUCAAUUGAAUAUGCAACAAAUUCCGGGUCAUGUCAAGACGGCACUUAAAUUAUUGAUCGCAGCUCCAUUUUCAAUGCUUGAAAGACUUCUACCCCUCUCAUUGAAUAAUAUUGAACGGAUUGGUUUUGAAUGUUCGAAUCUAUCAUACACAACACAUAACAAAUUUGCCAAUGUUCAAUUAUUGAUCGGUGAGCAUGUGAAAGAUAUACUUUAUCGAUAA